AUGGCAGUGGAGGAAAUUAACGGCGAUCCCAGGAUCCUGCCAAACCACGUGCUACAUCUGACGGUGCAAAACUACUCCAUCGCCUCUUUCGGUAGUCAGCUCGCAGGACUGCCUCCCUGUCUUCCCUUUUCUCUGCUCGCUUCUCCGUCAUUUCACUCUGCUGCGCUUGCUGAAUCCCUCCCUCCUCUCCCAUUCCUUAUUGUCUUUCCCCCAUUCCCUCUACCCGCAUUCCUUCUUCUCCCUCAUCUGCACGUGUCUUCAUCUCCUGCCUCCACGUGGCAGCGUUUGGACUGCUCGAGAACCAUCCGGUGGCUGUGCAAAUUCAUAUCCGCAUCAGCAACGGACGUGCAGCUCACUCAGGGUGCCACCCGCCCCUUCUUCUGCGCACUUCCCCCCUUCCUUCCCGCCAUCCCAACGGACGUGCAGCUCACGGGCGCCACCCGCCCCUUCUUCAUGCGCACCGUGGCCAGCGAUGGCGUGCAGAUGGCCGCCAUGGCAGGUGGGGAUGAAGCGUGCCAGAUGCCAGGUGGGGAUGAAGCGUGCCAGAUUCCAGGUGGGGAUGAAGCGUGCCAGAUGCCAGGUGGGGAUGAAGCGUGCCAGAUGCCAGGUGGGGAUGAAGCGUGCCAUAUGCCAGAGCUGAUCAAGCGCUACAAGUGGCAGCAGGUGGCGCUCAUUUACAGCGACGACCGCUUCGGCCGCAACGGAGUGGCUGCGCUCACCUCACAGCUUCUCACCAUCCGUGCGGAGGCGGAUGUGGCAGUGCGGGUGGCCAUCCCGCGGUCAGCCACAGACGAGGCCAUUCACGACUACAUAUCCUCCCUGGUGCCUCUAGACGUGGCGGUCUACGUGCUGCACGCCUCCGCCACUGUCUUCUCUACUGUUGUUGAAGCUGCCACUACCAGAGAAGUUUACUCUCCCACACGAUGGCUGCCCACAGUGGCGUAG